AUGGCCAGCGACGACGAGUGCUACGACGACUACUACGAUGAAGACGAGGAGGGGCUGCUGGUGGACGAGGACGACGUCGGGCUGCUCGAGGCCGAGGAGGCGCUGCCGGAGUUCCGCGCGGAUCAUUGGGCAAUCACAAGAAAGUCCCUUUCAGCCGCCCAGAAACAAGAACUGUUCAUGGUUAUGAACUUGGUGAACCUAAAGCCGCACAAUGCCCGCGCUCUCCUUAUGCACCAUCGGUGGAAGAUGGAACGCAUCACCGACUUCCUCGAGCGCAGAGGGCGAGAUGGCUUAUUCAAGGAGGCGGGCAUCGUGGUGCCACCGGAGGAAAAUAGCACGGCGUUUCCCUUUGGAACCGCUGCAGAUAAGGGGGCUCACAAGAGACCCAUAAUUGCCACAUGCAAUGUGUGCUUUGAUGACGUCUCCCAGUUGUCCGAUGUCUCCACCAUGGACUGUGGGCAUUGCUUCUGCAACGACUGUUGGACGGAGCACUUUUUGGUCUCCCUGGACAGCGGCAGGAAACACAUCCACUGCAUGGAGGUGAAGUGCCCGGCCAUCUGCGACGAUGCCACCGUGAGGCGCCUCCUGGGCCUCAAGUACCCCGCCGCGGCCAAGCGCUUCGACGGCUUCGUCCUGGAGUCGUACCUGGAGAACAACGCGGCCGUGAAGUGGUGCCCGAGCGCCCCGCACUGCGGCCGCGCCAUUCGCGUGGACGCGACUGACGCGAGCGAUUGGUGCUGCGAGGUGGAAUGCCCUUGCGGCGUGAGCUUCUGCUUCAACUGCGCGGCACCAGCGCACUCGCCAGUCCCGUGCUCCAUGUGGGACAAGUGGGACGCCAAGUUCCGCGGCGAGUCGGAGAACCUCAAGUGGAUCCAAGUCAACACCAAGAGCUGCCCCGGCUGCCUCAAGCCCAUCGAGAAGAAUGGCGGCUGCAACCACGUCUCGUGCCCAUGCGGCACAUACCUCUGCUAUGCGUGUGGCGGGAAGCUGGGUUUAAGCCACAACUGCAACCGCUACGACGAGAAGACGGCGUCGAGCUACGACGCCAUCCGGCGGCAGAUGCUGCGGUUCACGCACUACUGCGACCGCUACAACGUGCACGCCGCCUCGCGCAAGGCGGAGCAGGAGGGCACGCUGUGGCCGUCCAUCCUCAAGAGGAUCCUGCAGCUGGAGUCGGCCCCCAACGUCCGCCCCCUCAACCGCGACGCUAGCUGGCUUGCACGCGCGUACCACGCCCUGCUUGCCUCGCGCCUCGUGCUCUCCCGCUCCUACGCCUUCGCCUACUACAUGUUCGGCGACGAGGUGCGCACGCGCCCCGCCGACAGGGCCAGCCUCGCCAUGGCCAAGGAGCUCUUCGAGAACCAGCAGGAGCAGCUCGAGCGCAACGCCGAGCGACUCUCCAAGGUGCUCGCCACCGAGGCGCCGCCCGUGCUGGAAGAGGACCAGCUGGUGCGAACCAUGCAGGAGACCGUUAACCUCGCCAAGAUCGUCGACUCCCACUGCAGGGAGAUGUACACCUGCAUCCAGGACGAGCUGCUGCCGCUGCUCCUCGAAACCAUGAACAUCGCCCCGUACCGCCCGGACGGGCCAGACAAGGCCAAGGACCUGCCGGCCUAA